AAGUGUUUUCUCGCAGAGGAAAGCCCCUCCUGGCUGUGAUUCUGGGAGUUCCCUCUCUGUGCAUUCAGGCCGCCUCUCUCUUUCAGAAGGUCCCGCACACUCGCACGCUGCUGGAGCUGCCUUUACUCACUUCAGCACAAUAUUCCUUGGACUUGCCCUCCCAGCUGCUGAUCAGCCUCGUCCCUGGCUCCUGGGGUUCACCUUCAGCUGGAACUUCCUGGGGUGCUGGCCCUGAAGUUCCCUGAAUGCAUCAACGGUGAAGGAGGGAAAACAAAAUUCUUCAUCGCCAAUAAGAGACUGCGCCUGCGGCCGCUGGACACAGGCCAUCUGCCGGACACAGGAUGACUUCGGCUUCACAGACACCAAAAAUUGGAGAUAUGAUUGAGAUUUCUCGCAUUGGCUACUCACACUGGGCCAUCUAUGUGGGAAGUGGCUACGUGGUCCAUUUGGCUCCCCCAAGUGAAUUUGCAGGAGCUGGGGCAUCCAGUGUCAUGUCUGUCUUGGCUGAGAAAGCCAUAGUGAAGAUGGAACUGCUAUCCAAGGUGGCUGGGAAAGACAAGUACCGGGUCAAUAACAAGCAUGACGACAGGUACCCACCACAGCCUCCCAACAAGAUUGCCCAGCAGGCCAUGGAGAAGGUGGGCAGGGAGGUGCCCUACUCGUUGACCCAUGACAAUUGUGAGCACUUCGUGAAUGAGCUGCGCUAUGGGAUCUCCCGCAGUGACCAAGUCACGGAUGCGGUCCAAACAUUGGGUGUAGCAGCAGGAGUGAUAGCAGGCUUGGGUGUCCUGGGCCUCCUGGGGCUUGCAGUGAGCAGAAACCGGCGGGAGAGACACUAACUCCAAGGCCCUGCCCUCACAGCCUGUCAGGGAAGCCCGCCUGCCUAGCCUGCGCACAUGCACGUGGCUUGAUUGAUUUCACGUGUUUUGUGCUGCUGGAAGCUUUGCCGGCAGCCUUUCUGUGGGAGGAAUGCAGCUGAGGAUGAAGUCCCGCUGUCAGGUUCCUCACCCUUGUGCCCUUCGCACUCCCUUGCAGUGCACGAAGAAGCAAUCCUGGUGUCAAACACACCUGGAGGGAAACCAGCUCCUGUCCCCGGCAGGAUAAGCUGUUGGGGUGUGAGUGUGCUGGGGUGCAGCCAGUUGAUAACUAGUACCUGCUAACCAGGUUAAUUGACAGUGGAGACUGUGAGAACAUGGAGGUUUGGCAACUCCACCUUUCCUACUUCCUUUAGGCCAUUCAAGGUAAUUGACAGCAGGGAAAGGUUCCAGAGGCUCAGCACACUCCUGCCCCCUACCGUGCCGCUUAUGUUGGUUGACUACACAGAAAUUUUGGCUUCUGGCAACUUGCUUCCUGCCACUUAGCUCACUGAAUGCUUAGAACCUGUGUUUGUGCCGUGGGCCACUCAGGAUGAGAGCUUACAGACCCCUGACUUUGGCUGUGCUGUGCAGUGGCUCCCGGAGUGUAGCAGGAGCUGUUGUCGCCAAGCUUGGCCAAUAAAGACUCCUCCUAACUUC